GCCAGCUCUUUUGUAGGAAACGUACUUGUAAGAAUUCUGCGCGUUAGAAAACCCUCAAAGCGGUUGCCGCUUCCUUCUACUCCUCGCGCUUUCGACGGCACUGCGCAGACAUGGCUCCCAAAAGAGGUGGGAAGGCCCCAGUAGCAGCGAAAAAGAAAACUGAAAAGGUUGUGAACCCUUUGUUUGAGAAGCGACCAAAGCAAUUCGGAAUUGGUGGUGCACUACCACCAAAGAAGGAUUUGACUAGAUUUGUCAAGUGGCCACAUGUUGUUCGUAUUCAGAGGAAAAGGAGGAUUUUGAAGCAACGAUUGAAGGUUCCACCUGCCAUCAACCAGUUCACAAAGGCACUGGAUAAGAACCUUGCUACAAAUCUUUUCAAGUUGUUGCUCAAAUACAGACCUGAGGACAAGGCUGCUAAGAGGGAAAGACUUCUUAAAAAAGCACAAGCUGAAGCUGAGGGGAAGAGUGUGGAAUCUAAGAGACCCAUUGUUGUUAAAUAUGGCCUUAAUCAUGUUACCUAUCUCAUUGAGCAGAACAAAGCUCAGUUGGUAGUUAUUGCACAUGAUGUUGAUCCAAUUGAGCUUGUUGUUUGGUUGCCUGCCUUGUGCCGGAAAAUGGAGGUCCCCUAUGCAAUUGUGAAGGGCAAGUCAAGGCUUGGAACGAUUGUGCACAAGAAAACAGCUGCAGUUUUGUGCCUUACAUCAGUGAAGAAUGAAGAUAAGAUGGAAUUUAGCAGGAUUGUGGAGGGAGUCAAGGCUAACUUUAAUGACAAGUACGAUGAGCACCGCAAGAAAUGGGGAGGUGGCAUCAUGGGUUCCAAAUCUCAGGCUAAGAUGAAAGCAAAGGAAAGACUCUUAGCCAAGGAGGCUGCACAACGGAUGUCUUGAUUUGAUAACCAAAAACUGCUGGGAAGUUGAUUAUUGCAAUGAGCUACGGGGUUUUUAUUUUUCCGUUGCGUCUUUAUAUUUUGUUUAGUUGUCAUUGUGGACAAGUUUUGUAUUGAUUGGUGGCCGAAUUUUUGUGAUGCUGGUUUUGUUACUAAAAUAGACUCUUGAUGGGAUCCCUGGGCAAACUGAUCUUCGGAUGUUAUAAAGUUCACUUGCUUGUUUACUGAGUCAUUCGAUUUCUAGA